GGCCCUCAUGUGAGACAUGUGACUAUCACUUGACUGUUGGUCUAUGUGGAUAUAAAUGUGAUUGUUUCGCGUAUUAACUUCACUGUUCUCCUCUUUUGACAACAAUAGCAAGAUGAAACUGUUAGUACUUGUUCUGUGUGUUGGGGUGGCCCUCUCAAAACCUCUGAACCAAGAACUGGAUCAAGAAUGGGAACUUUACAAAAACACUUACAAUAAGAACUAUGACGUACAUGAACACAUUCUAAGACGUUUGAUUUGGGAAGAUAACGUUGCACACAUUCAGAAGCACAACCUAGCGGCAGACAGGGGAGAACAUACAUACUGGCUGGGAACCAAUGAAUACGCUGAUAUGGCCACUGACGAGUUUAUCAGUGUAAUGAACGGUUAUAAGAUGUCAGUAAACCGAACAGCUGGCUCUUCAUUCCUUGCACCAAGUAAUAUUGGAGAUCUACCCGAUACCUUGGACUGGAGGGAGAAGGGAUAUGUAACACCUAUCAAAAAUCAGGGACAAUGCGGCUCCUGUUGGUCAUUCUCUGCUACUGGAUCCCUGGAAGGACAGAACUUUAAAAAGACUGGUAAACUGACCUCUCUGUCCGAACAGAAUCUAAUGGACUGCUCGACAGCUGAAGGUGAUCACGGGUGUAAAGGAGGGUUAAUGGACAACGCCUUUAGAUAUAUAGAGAAAAACAAAGGAAUUGAUACUGAGAUGUCUUAUCCAUAUGAAGCUAAGAAUGGUAUGUGUAGAUUUAAAAGAUCUGACGUUGGUGCUACCGACACCGGUUUUACCGACGUACGCCGGGGCAGUGAGGAGGAGUUACAACAGGCAGUAGCCACUGUAGGACCAAUCUCUGUAGCUAUAGAUGCCGGGCAUAAAUCUUUCCAAUUAUACAAAACAGGAGUAUACAGCGAGCCGAUGUGCAGUUCAACCAGACUUGACCAUGGCGUGCUAGCUGUAGGUUAUGGAACUAAUAUGGGUCAAGAUUAUUGGCUGGUCAAGAAUAGUUGGGGAACCAAGUGGGGUAUGGAAGGCUACGUAAUGAUGUCCAGGAACAAAAAGAAUCAAUGUGGAGUUGCAACACAGGCCAGUUAUCCACACGUGUAGCCUCUCUUUAGAUGGUGUGUUCAGGAAAUCUCCACAUAGUAAAAUGGAUCAAUUUUGUAACACAUGAAAACCACAAACAUUUAUUGUUGAUUUUUUAUCUAUUCUUGUUAACUUUAUUUUAAAAGAAUAAAGAUACUUUAUAAA